UCCCUCUCCUAUCCAUUAAGAUAAGGCCAUGCAUACAUUAACAAACUCCGAAUUUUCCAUUCAAACAAUCCUCCACACAACCAUCCAGCCAUCUCCGUCACUCCCCAAUUUUUCCUUUAGAAAACACCACUAAUGGCUUCCGCUUGUGCUUCUUCCGCCAUUGCUGCCGUGGCAAUUUCUUCCUCAAGUUCAUCGAAGAAUGGCUGCCCCAAGCUGGCUUCUAAUUUCCUUACUGGCAAGAAGCUUAGGCUCAGAAACUUAAAUGCUGCUGCUACUGCUGUCGUUGCUCCUCGAACGGUUCCGGUAUGCGCAGCAGCCGAUCCGGAUAGACCUCUUUGGUUCCCUGGCAGCACUCCUCCUCCGUGGCUCGAUGGCAGCCUUCCCGGUGACUUUGGCUUUGACCCUCUUGGUCUUGCGUCUGAUCCGGAGAGUCUGAGAUGGAACCAACAGGCGGAGCUCGUACACUGCCGAUGGGCAAUGUUGGGGGCAGCUGGAAUUUUCAUCCCGGAAUUCUUGACAAAGAUCGGUAUAUUGAACACUCCUUCGUGGUACACUGCCGGUGAAUUGGAAUAUUUCACCGACACCACCACUCUGUUCAUAGUGGAACUCAUUUUCAUCGGUUGGGCUGAGGGUAGACGGUGGGCCGAUAUCCUCAAACCCGGAUGCGUCAACACCGACCCGAUUUUCCCUAACAACAAGCUGACCGGAACCGACGUUGGGUACCCUGGUGGGCUCUGGUUUGACCCACUCGGAUGGGGCAGCGGAUCACCGGAAAAGAUUAAGGAAUUGAGAACGAAAGAGAUUAAGAACGGACGAUUGGCUAUGUUGGCGGUGAUGGGAGCUUGGUUCCAACACAUUUACACCGGCACCGGUCCCAUUGAUAACCUUUUUGCUCACCUUGCUGAUCCUGGCCACGCCACCGUCUUCGCCGCAUUCACACCAAAGUGAAGAAAUUGAGGAGCAAAUAGGAGAGAUGUAGUGAUGUUUGUUGUGGGUUGAGGGACAAAUUUAUGUAUUGAAUCACAACUUUGAUCUAAUCUCUGUGUUUAUGUGUAUGAUGGACCAUAUCAUUAUCAAUUUAAUGUACAAAAUGAGAUCAACAAAUUAAGCAAAUUUAGGCCCACUUAUUGACUUC